AUGUCGUUUAUGCAGACAGGUCCGCAGAGCAUGCUGAAGGAUGGCUCGGCGUUUGUAGAUGAUCCGGUGUUGAAGAACAUUGAGGCAUGCCGCGAGCUGUCGAAAAUCACGCGCAGCUCCAUGGGUCCGAACGGGCUAUGCAAAAUGGUCAUCAACCAUCUCAACAAGCUGUUUGUCACGCACGACGCCGCCACCAUUCUGCGCGAGCUGGAGGUGGAACACCCCGCCGCAAAGUUGCUGGUGCAGGCUGCCAAUGCCAUGCAGGAGGAGGUCGGCGAUGGUACCAACUUUGUGGUUACGCUCUGUGGCGAGCUGCUUUCACAGGCGGAGUCACUGGUGCGCAUGGGAUUGCACCCGAGCGAGAUCAUCGAAGGCUACAAGAAGGCGGGCAGUAAGAGCCUGGAGUUGCUGGACACGAUGGUGUGCAAAUCUGUCGAUGACUGCCUCCGCAAGGAACAGGUGAUGGAUGCGAUCCGAACCUCCAUUGCGUCAAAGCAGUACGGGUAUGAGGACUUCCUCGCCGAUGUUGUAGCAGACGCCUGCAUCAAUGUGUGCCCGUCUAACGUUCGCUCAUUCAAUGUGGACAACGUGCGCGUGGUGAAGCUUGACGGCGAGUCGAUUCUGUCCACGAAGCUUGUCCGCGGCUUCGUGAUCGGGCGCAACACAGAAAGCAACCUGAAGCACCUCAAGAGCGCCAAGGUGGCCGUAUACAGCUGCGCUGUGGACGUGCCAUCGCUGGAGACAAAAGGGACGGCGCUGAUUGAGAACGCCGAGGACCUCAUCCAGUACUCCCGCAAGGAGGAGGAGAUUAUGCAGGAGAUCAUCUCCAACAUUCACAAGUCUGGCGCCAACCUCAUCGUUUCCAACUCCACCUUUGGCGAUCUGGCGCUGCAUUUCAUAAACCGUCUCGGAAUGAUGGCUGUACGCAUACCUUCCAAGUUCGAGCUUCGUCGUCUUUGUGCCGCUGUUGGUGCUCGUGUGAUGACUCGCCUCGACGCGCCGUCCAUGGAGGAUAUGGGCGCUUGCGACUCGGUGGAUGUCCUUGAUAUUGGUGGCAAGAACGUGACGGCGUUUGUCCAGGACCGGGACGACUCGAAGCUCUCCACAAUUGUGGUGCGUGGUGCCACGCAGAACGUCUUGGAUGACGUGGAGCGCGCCAUCGACGACGGCGUGAACGUGUUCAAGGCACUGACGAAGGACAAGCGGGUUGUGGCGGGUGCCGGCGCGGUGGAGAUGGAGCUGCAAAAAGAACUCACCCUCUAUGCCGAAGCGAACCCUGGUCUCGACCAGUACGCUGUGCGCAAGUACGCUUCCAGUUUCGAGGUGGUGGCGCGCACACUUGCCGAGGCCAGUGGCUUCAACGGUACUGAUAUGGUCACGCAGCUGGAGGCGGAUCACAACGCUGGCAAGAAGUACCAGGGCGUCAACCUGAACGAUGGCACAACGUUGGAUGCGGUGGAGGCGGGUAUUGUUGAGCCCCAUAUGACCAAGUUCUGGGCAAUUAGGCUGGCCACCGACACUGUGCUCACGGUGCUGUCUGUGAACCAGAUCAUCGUGGCGAAGCAGGCUGGCGGCCCCAAAAACCGCCCGGACCAAGCACGCGACGCAGACUGA